AAUUGCCCUUCACAUGUUAAUCUUGGCUGGAUUGAAGUUAAAGGAUUUAUAGGAAUAAGCUCAAGAGCCUCAAUAAAACAUCAAGCAUUUGGAUGUUUCUGUAAUAUCCAUUAGUCAUUUUAGAGUAAUCUAUUAAAGUCUGGAAAAGAAUUCAGCAUGUUUCCAAAUUUAGAAACCUUAAUCAUAGAUAAUAAUUACUUUUUCAGAUUGGAUGAUUUUCCAAUUUUGCCAAAUUUAAUUACCCUUAGCGCAAACAAAAACACAUUUAAUAAUUUUGACAUGUAAUCUAUAUAUAUAUUCAGGUUCAUAUAACAUUGUAAAGAGAAGUUUCCAAAGCUAACACAUUUAAGUUUAAUAAAGAAUCCUAUAUGUCCCAUGUUUACUUAAGGAGAAGAGGAAUAUGUUAAGUAUGUAAAAACGUCAUCAAUAGUUAUCGAGCUAAAUUCAUUUAGGAAAUGCCUUUAUUAAAGAAUUUAGACGGUACCCCAAUCAAUCCUCAAGAGGCUGAUCCUAAUUUUUGGAAAUAAUAAUAAUAAAUCAAAUAAUAGCAAGCUUAAGUAAAUAUAAUGUUUAUUGUUUGUAGAAUUAAAAUGAAUAAAAGAAAGGAACAAUCGAUUAUAAUGCUAAAUACUAAAAACCGAACAGCAAAACCGUAAAAACUAAAAGUGAAGGAAAUAGGUUUGUUAAAAACACACAUUUAUGA